AUGAAUCUGGGCAAUUCCAUAAUUCUUGACCAAAACCCAGAUUAUAUACCACGUAGAAGGGUGCCAUUUUGUCCACAAGCAAGUGGAACGUCAUUUUUAUCUAUUUUUUGGUCCCUGGCAAAAAGCUAUUACAAUCUUUCUCGCUCUGAAUUAUCCCUUUCAUCAUCUGUUCUCCAAACUCGUUUAAUAAAUUUUAUAGUAAAAUUCACACAAUUUAUUUCUGGGAAAAUUGAACCAUUCGACCAUAUUAUAGAUGCAUCGGCCAAUUCUUUAUCCGCUAUCAUUAGUUCUGACAACCAAGGAAUAAUCAUUUUAACCACAGUAAAUCAGAACACAAAUAAGGAAUAUAUCAAGGAGUAUGAUGAACAUCCAUCAUUCCAGCCUACAGAUAUCGAUUCUUCAUACCAACCCAUUCUACAGUUGACUUAUGUUAAAAAUCAAGAUGAACAGGAAUUCUUAACAUUAGGUUACGUAAAAGAAACGUCUGUUCAAAAUGAUAUUGUACAACAUUUCACCCUAACAAAACAGCAAUCUAGUAUGAUUGCAGAGUUUACUGUCACAUUUGCUACACUAAAUCAAUGUAUGAGCCUUGGAAUUUCGAUUUUGGUUGGGUUUUGUUGCGGAAGAAUUGAACAUUGGUUUCAAAUUUCAUGUAGUGAUUUAAGAUGGAAUGGAGGGACUUGGAAGAAUUCAGGAAUUGUUAUUCUACCAUACUCCGCAACUAAAUGUGAGUUUUCUCCAUUGGGUGAUAUCGCAUAUGCCUUUUCUAAAGGGCAUGACUUAUAUUUAAUCGAAAUUACAGGUUACGAGCUUAAAGAGAUGGUACUUGAAAAUACUAGUAACACUGUAUCUGCUACUUGGUGUGGACCUAGACAAAUAUUCCUUCUCACAAAACUAGGGGAAUUGUUACUGUACAAACAAAAUGAUUUGGGGAAAUGGAUUAAGACCGCAUUAUUCGAUGUAUCAUCUCAACUCGGUGCUAAUGAUUAUAUUGGCGCAAAAAUUAAAAUUGUCAGAGGAAGGGUAGCAUUUUUACUCCCCCCUGGAGCAAAUAAAAUAUCCAUUUUAUCUUGGGAACGCGGAUUAGCACUGCCUGAAUGUACAAUGUUGACGCUUAAGCGCACUAAUGACGAAGAAAUUGUCGGAGUUUCUGAUUUUGAUGUAGACUCUACUGGUACUUGUAUCGGAGUGAUAAACAUGGAUAAGUCAACGGUGUUGUUCUACGCUAUAUUAGGCCAAUAUCAAAAUAAGUUCAUAUGCACUGCAAAUAAUGAGGGCAAAGUGGCUGAGAACAUAAGGUUCAUCGAGUAUGUUAUUGGUGACAAAGUCAUGGCGGCAAUUAGAUGGAUUGGCGAUGGCGUUGGUAUGUCUCAAGUUUGCAGCUUCGAACUGCCCCCGAGAACCGCAGUUUGGAAUAUGGAUAAACAUGUUGCAUGGAGGGGCAGGCAAUCAUUUAAGCGCGUUGAUCCAUAUGGCGGAAAGAUGGCUCCGGAAAAUGAAAAGGCUAAAUUUGGGCCCGAGAGAAAGGGGCCACUGCGUGAUAAUUGGUAUCCAACUACUCGCGCUGAUUGGAGGCAAGACACGCAUAUACCCCUGGCCAAGCCUUGGUACUGGGAUUAUUAG